GAAAGAAAGAGAGUGAGAAUGCAGGCCAAGUCGGAGGUCCUGUCCAGUGCUGGGCUAAAGCAGCCCUAUGCGCGCUUCUAGAAUGAGUGCGUAGCGCUAAAGCAAGUUACACGUCCACGCUCAGUGCUGUGGAUGGUGCACAUUUCCUUCGACAACAACGACUAUGGCUCGUUGGCGGUUUAGUCUAUCUCUCUUUCUUCUGGCCACCCUGGGGCCUUGGCUUGCGCUGGCUGACCACUCGUUUGAAAACACGGCUAUUGUGCGCACUGUAGAACUCGGAGGUGCACUUGUUCAUAUAACGACCACAUACGCGGUCAAGGCUCUGGAGGAUGGCUCUGCCGUAUAUACCAUAGCGCUUGGAGACGAUGAGCAUGAGAAGACCAGCUGGUUGGAGGCUAAAAUCAAAGGACAAUCUGCUGUCCUACCUCUAGAAAAGGUCGGUUACGAUCCCAAGACUGACAUUCAUUAUUAUGCUGUUGAGCUAUCAAAGGCACUGAAAGCCAACGCAUCGACAAACCUGGUUGUCGAGACUGUUCAAACUCAUGCUACAUAUCCCUGGCCAGAGGAGGCCGGCCAGAAAGACGGCCAAUCAUUGAAAUAUGAGACUGAUCUUCUAGUCUUGAGCCCAUAUGUCACUUCCGUGCAACGUACGAAGAUUAGAUCACCUUCACCCCAAGUGCAUUCUUACACCAAGCCCGAGGGGCUCGAGGCAUUCACUCUUGAAGACCCUGUCACCAAAUCUGGAUCGACCCUGACUUACGGUCCGUACAAGAACAUUCCUCAGUCAACCACCGAGGACUUCGUUCAGGAGAGACAACAACACGUCACCAUUCACUACAGCUGCGAUUAUCCUGUCAUUGAGGUCACUAAGUUGACCCGGACUGCGGAGAUCAGUCACUGGGGAGCUAACCUCAAUAUUCAAGAUAACGUCCAUCUCCACAACGGCGGACCUAGGUUGAAAGGACACUUCUCCCGUCUGGAACAUCAAUCUUCGGCCUACUUUGGUCGUCAACCACCCCAUAUUAUUCCAGGUUUGACGUUGCACCUCCCAGCCGGCAUACACGACGUGUACUAUUACGACCUCAUCGGGAACGUUUCUACGUCCCACCUCCGCACUGCACCCUCCGUACCUAAGGGUUCUCAAAACAAUCAAUUCAGUGUUCUCGAAUUGAAGCCACGUUACCCCAUCUUGGGCGGCUGGAAUUACAGUUUCACUCUCGGCUGGGACACACCCUUGGGGGACUCCGCGGGUUGGGACAAAGAAAGCGGUAAAUAUGUUGUAGGUGUACCGGUGAUGACGACUAUCCCCGGUACAGUCGUGGAUGUAGCGGAGGUGAAGAUCAUCCUUCCGGAGGGAGCUACCGACCUCGAAUUUUUCCCUCCUUUCCCUGCUGCUAUGAACGAACUCUCGACGCAUGUCAUUUAUCUCGACACCAUCGGACGCCCCACCAUCACCCUGCAUUAUAAUCAACUGACCGACCAACACGCUGGUGUGAUCUAUGUGAGCUUGCUUGUGACAUACAAAGUUCCCUUCUCCGCUCACCUUAAGAAGCCGCUUGCGGUUGCUACGGCAUUUUUGGGCACCUUCGUCCUUGCUUUCGCUUGGAAGCGAAUUGAUACUCGUAUUCAGCGUCAGAAAUAGAUGUAAUUGUUCACUCGGAUUGGAUUAUGAUACUGGAUAACUUAUGUGCAGAUGUGACAACCGGGGCGUUUUCAAUGGCCACUUUUAGUGCAAGUCAUAAGUAUGUGAUAAGGUACGUAUAUGCGGAUGUGUAGAUGAGCUAUGUCGUGCGAACAUCUGAAGUCGCUAUGAACGGUACUGAACGCGGUUGAAACUAUGCAUUGUAAAAGGAGAGCAGCCAACUGGUGUCGGAGCUCUGAGACAACGUGUCAGUGAUUGCUUCUCGAGGUAAAGGCAAGGACACGUACGGCUCUAGAAAGAGGAAGAGACCUAGGAGGCCAUUUGUGUCCUGACACGAGUAAAACAGUGGUGUCGAAUUGUCACCCUGUUCAUAACGCAACAUCGUUCCUUGCCAUCGCCAAUUGCCACCUCUGACCAGCGUCCUCUUCGCAAGUUUGGGAUCCCUGUCCCCCACGACAACUUGGAGUGGAAGCUUCGACGUUAAAGUCGAGUUGUGUACGUGGACGGGGAGGAUAGUGGACUCGUUGUGGAAAUGCCAUAAUUGGUUGUUAUGGAUGUAGAAGAGGGGUGGCGACUUAUUCCGAUAAACGGUUGCAUUGCCGGGUAGGCCUGCAGAUAUGUUAACUCACUGAAUCAGAGUGAACUCGAAACGGUAUACAUACCCCGAGGGGCUUGGAUGGACAUGUAUUGAGGGACAUGAUAAGUCGCGUCCCCG